ACACAGACAGAGACAUGCAUUUUGUAGGCAGACGGAGAUUCAUAAUUUUUUUGUUGUUUUUUAGUCGGAUGUCAUUGUAAGUUGGUUGGUUUCCACGAGUAUGGAGGAGCUUAAAUCAAGUAUCAGGCAGCUAAGCGAUGAAAGCCUUCUCUCCGAGUUGCAGAAAUCUGGCAUGCAAGCUGGUCCAAUUUUGUCAACAACACGUCCACUUUGGGAAAAUAAGCUCAUAAAUUUGGUUGCAAAAAAGAAGGGGCUAUUAACCCCCGAAGAACAAUCAGAGAGAGAGGUAAACAUGAACGAUGGUAAAGUCUCUUCAAAUAGCGUCGACAGUGUGCCCAGUAGCACCGUUGCAAGCCAGAGUACAUGUAGAUCGGAGGACCAAAAUGAUGGAAAGAUGGAUGAAGGGAAGAAAGAAGCACCUGCUUUUUAUUACGGCGUCAGUCUACCGUCUGAUGCUGAUCUGACUUAUGAGGAAGGUGUGGUAUAUAUAAAAGAAGCAGUUUUCACUGAUAAGAUUGAGGCACUGAAAUUUGCUAAGAAAUUCAAAGGAGCAAGAUUUAAGGCUUUCAAGAACCAAGAAGAAGCAAAUAAUUUUGCUCAGCAAGUGGCAGACUUUUCACAGUCCCCUGCUGCCAAACAAACAACUUUGCCCCAGGGAUCACCAGACACUGUUGCUGGAGAAACGGGUACAGGAACCAUCACAGAGUCUCUGCCUUUUAAAGCUCCUAAGACGCAGGACUUGGUCAAGCUUAGGAAAGCCAUUGAAACUGAUAACAGAGACACUUUUGAAAACCUAGUCUGGAGUAAUCCAAGAUAUCUUAUAAGUAGUGGGGACACACCUGCAAUAUUACAAGAGGGAUUUAGAUACAAUGGCUUACAUGUAUGUGCUAUGAGGAACAGACCAGACAUGUGUCGCCUCCUAUUGGACACUUUGGAAGAUCCUGCUUUCAUAAAAUUACUGUAUACAAACGACACAGAAGAAACAAGAAAUUCCAGAAUAGACUUUUUGGUAGACUUGUACCUGAAUACACCAGAUAAGGGAGUCUGUGAAACACCACUUCAUUUUGCCUGCAAAUUUGGACAUGUGGAAAUUGUGGAAAUUUUGACAUCUCAUCCCAAGUUAUUGAAAAACAUGAGGAACAAAUAUGGAGAAUUGCCAAUAGACGUGGUAUGCUCGAGAAUAAAAGAUAAAUCAAAAGAAAAGGAAGCUAGAGCAAAAAUUGAGGAAUUACUGCAAGAUCAUUAUUAUGUCCCUCUCCUGCGCUCUGCAGACAACACCUUGCCACCAACCAUUGGUGAACCCUGGUCACCUGACCACACUGACUUUGUCCAUGUUCCUGGCACACCUGAACAUGGCAGACAUGGCAGUCCCAGAGAUCCUAAGCUGGAAGUCAAGGCCUAUGCUGGACCUAUGUUGUCAAACAAGGCAGAACUUUUUAGAAGAAAAUGGAGCACCCCUUCAUCAGGUGGAAGGAAGAAAUAUUUUCAGAUUAAGCGGGGUGAUGGUGAUAAGGGAAUGGAAAGAAUUGGGAGAGACCUAGCUAUAGAGCUUGGAGUGCCAUGGACUGAAUAUUGGAAUUUCCUUGAUAAGAAUGUGAAUAUUUCUUCACCAGAAGGCUUAAGAUUGUUAGAGGAGUAUCUUAUCAAGAAAUCCCAGCAAAUACCAGAUGAUGUUGAUGCCUUGAUGGAACUGACCAGUGAGAUGAGUUUAAAUGAAUCCCCUGCACUGUGGUCACCUGUUGGUAGUAAAUCCAUACAACGAGAUGGUUUUGUUGAUCGAAAUGCAAGACCAGAUCUUGAUGGAAUAAGUGUCAAUCUAUUUGCAGCUGAUAAACAAGACUUCAAAAAUGAAAUGGAUGUUGUUGAUGGUGACAUGAGUAAAGGGAAAUCUAAACACAUUCUCAAUGAUUCAGCAGAGUAUGAAAGGGCUCUAAACUCUAUGACUGAGAAAUUUUCCAGAAUAAACUUGGACUUGAGUAAUAGCUCUGAUAACUCUGGAAGAUAUUCUACUCAAAAUAAUCUUUCAGCGUCACCUGCUGUGAAAAUAACCAGCUCAAAUGAUUCCCUAUCUAAAUUUACAAAUCUAGAGGAGAAGGAAAACUUGAAAGAUGAAUCAAAGAUCACAGUAGCUAGUAAAAAUGAAGCAAGAGGAGUGUCUUUCGCAACGACUGAGAUUUCGGAAAGUGGUCAGGUUUCUCUUUCCAAUCCAUCAAAAGUUUCUAAACUUUUUGGUGCUUUGUGGAGCAUGACUAGUUAUAUCCCUGUCCCCGGAUUUUUGAGGAGAAAGUCUGCACCACCACCACCACCUCCAGAUGAUAUUGUUGAGGAUGGAGAAAGGACUGUCGAGGAGGAAGAGGAUGUGAAGGAUUUGGACCGAUCAGAUAGUGAUAGUGACUCUCCUGAUUUAUACAGNAUAAUAUUAAGUUGGGCAGAACUUUUUAGAAGAAAAUGGAGCACCCCUUCAUCAGGUGGAAGGAAGAAAUAUUUUCAGAUUAAGCGGGGUGAUGGUGAUAAGGGAAUGGAAAGAAUUGGGAGAGACCUAGCUAUAGAGCUUGGAGUACCAUGGACUGAAUAUUGGAAUUUCCUUGAUAAGAAUGUGAAUAUUUCUUCACCAGAAGGCUUAAGAUUGCUAGAGGAGUAUCUUAGCAAGAAAUCCGAGCAAAUACCAGAUGAUGUUGAUGCCUUGAUGGAACUGACCAGUGAGAUGAGUUUAAAUGACUCCUCUGCACUGUGGUCGCCUGUUGGUAGUAAAUCCCUACAGCGAGAUGGUUUGGUUGAUCGAAGUGCAAGACCAGAUCUUGAUGGAAUAAGUGUCAAUCUAUUUGCAGCUGAUAAACAAGACUUGAAAAAUGAAAUGGAUGUUGUUGAUGGUGACAUGGGUAAAGGGAAAUCUAAACACGUUCUCAAUGAUUCAGCAGAGUAUGAAAGGGCUCUGAACUCUAUGACUGAGAAAUUUUCCAGAAUAAACUUGGACUUGAGUAAUAGCUCUGAUAACUCUGGAAGAUAUUCUACUCAAAAUAAUUUUUCAGCGUCACCCGCUGUGAAAAUAACCAGCUCAAAUGAUUCCAAAUCUAUAUUUACAAAUUUAGAGGAGAAGGAAAACUUGAAAGAUGAAUCAAAGAUCACAGUAGCUAGUAAAAAUGAAGCAAGAGGAGAGUCUUUCGCAACAACUGAGAUUUCAGAAAGUGGUCAGGUUUCUCCUUCCAAUCCAUCAAAGGUUUCUAAACUUUUUGGUGCUUUGUGGAGCAUGACUAGUUAUAUCCCUGUCCCCGGAUUUUUGAGGAGAAAGUCUGCACCACCACCUCCAGAUAAUAAUGUUGAGGAUGGAGAAAGGAACGUCGAAGAGGAUGUGGAGGAUUUGGACCGAUCAGAUAGUGAUAGUGACUCUCCUGAUUUAUACAGUGCUGCAAGACCUGUUUUUAUACAUGGAGUUCGUCCAACAAAGGAAGACAUGGAUGUUUACAGGGCUAUUCAAAAUGCUGUGAUAAAGAGAAGAGACUUUCCACAUGUACUAAAGUGGAAGAAACUUGUGCAGUCAUUUGAUGAUGAUGUGAAAGAAAGGUGGCCCAGUCCAUCAAGAGCUAGAAGAUUGGACUUUCUCAGCCAAUCAGCACCAGCCAAGGCAUUUACUGCUGGACAUGUAUCGACUCCAAACAGUCGCUUCACAGCAGCAGAUAUCAGUUUCAGCUCUCCACAGCUGCCGAGUAGGAGUAACAGUUUUCAGGGACAGGAUACAUAGUUUUUUUCUUCAAUCACUGAAUCUUAAAUCAGUUAUCUUGAAGAUAUAGAUACAUGUACUCUUCCCUUCAUGCCAUUUUUAGCGGGUUCUUUGCUUACUGAUGAUAAAGAGGCAAUAUCCACAUAAACUGAAGAGUUAAGGCUGAUAAUUUUGUCUGUUAUUUAUUACCCUUACUAUGGAAUAGUAGGCGAAAAAUGUUGAUUUAAAAUGAUGGAGGAGAAUAGUGCUUCAUUUGUCAAAACCCGUGUUUUGAAAAUUAAAUUGGAUAUUCAUGUUCUAAUCUUUCUGUUAAAUGGUAAGGAUAUUUAAUAUAUAAAUAAUUAAGGAAAGAAGGCAGCUUGUACAGUUGUAGCCUUAAGUGCUUCAUUUUCUCUUAAUUUAUCAACUCAGCAUAAAAUGCAACUGAUAACUUAUUGAAGUGUAUAGUGAUAUAUAAUAAUAAUGAUAUUAGUAAUUAAUCUAAAAGUAAACAAUUGUGUUUUAAGAUAUGGCCCUCAUGGAAGCAUGUUCAUUAAGUA